AUGACCAAGCUUCUGCUCGACCCCAGCAUCCGAAGCUGGGUGUUUCUGCCUCUGGUCGUGAUAACCCUGCUGGUCGGAGUUCUCCGUCACUACGCGAGUCUGUGCUUGUCGACGGGAAGAGAGGUUAAAUUCAUCGAGGUUGAGAGUGGCGAGGUUCUUCGGCGAAUCCAGCUGCUGCGAAGGAACGGUGACCUGCUUCCUCGGGUCAGCUUCAUCGCCCGGAAGCUCUACUUGAGCGACGUAGUGGAGAGCUUUUUGAAGGCCGAGAAGCGGAAGUCGCUACAGCGCGAGGCGAACGCCCCGCGAAUGAUCGACCCGGCCGUCUUCUCCGAGAUGAUUAAGUGCAACCUGGCCAACGUCCUGCCCAUGGUCCUCGUUGGCGGUUGGAUAAACUGGACCUUCUCCGGAUUCGUCACGACCAAGGUCCCCUUUCCCCUCACCCUCGGUUUCAAGACGAUGCUUCAGCGCGGCGUCGAGCUUCACUCCCUCGACGCCUCCUGGGUGUCCUCCGCCUCUUGGUACUUCCUCAACGUCGUAGGGCUCAAGUCUGUCUACUACCUGAUGCUCGGCGAAGACAACCUCGCCGAUGGCCUCAGCCUCAUUCAGGAACAAACUUCCGCCACAUCCUCACCCUUCGUUGCGGCCUACAAGGGCGAACGCCGUGCUCUAUUUCUGUUGAACCACAACUGGCGUUUCAAGUGA